CAUUUCGAGCGGCGUCAUGUCGAAGUACAGUAAAAAGAAUCAACAGAAAACGAUUGAGGACUAUCUUGCUCAUUUGGAAAUUACUGAGGAUGAAUUGAAAGAAUACCGAGAAGCGUUCAAAUUAUUCGAUAAAGACAAUAAUGGUUAUAUAACAACGAAAGAACUUGGAACAGUGAUGAGAUCCCUUGGUCAGAACCCUACCGAACAGGAACUAAUCGAUAAAAUUAACGAGGUAGAUGUCGACGGAAGCGGAACUAUCGACUUUCAGGAAUUUGUUGUUAUGAUGGCCCGUCAACAAUGCAUGGGAAGGGAGGAGCUAGAACAGGCUUUUCGAAUAUUCGACGCUAAUGGUGACGGUUAUAUAGAUUCUGCUGAAUUGAGGCAUUUGCUUACAAACGUCGGUGAGAAAUUAUCCGACGAAGACGUCGACGAGAUGAUUGCGGAAGUAGACGUCGACGGAGACGGGAAGGUUAAUUGGAAGGAGUUCGUUCAAAUGAUGUCUCAGAUGAUGGGAAUGGAUAAUCCGUUAGAGGGCGACGACGGUAAAUAUACUUCUUAUAAUCUGCGGCUUACAGAGCAGUUAGGCAGGUACAUCUUUGCUGAUUACAAUUCUUUCCAUUCAUUUGCUCACUGUCUACCCUCAAUACCCAUUUAUCGCCUCUUUAGAAGCAAAAAAAAAAUUAAGCGGUAAAGAGAAAAGAAUUGUAUUCAAUUUUUUUCACAUUAUGAAAAAGAGGAUGUAUAAAAGAAAGAUCGAUAGGAAUAGAGGCAGGAAGAGAGAGGGGAAGGAUUAAUAGUGAAGUUGCGCAUGUUGGUGGCAUAUAAUAUCUAGGAUGAUUCGAGCUGUCAUCAAAAUUGUUGGCAUUUUUCACUCCUAUCUAUUCCCUUUAUGCUUUCUAUAAAAUUGGCAAAUAUUAACGUAUAAUCGAAUUUUUUUAAAUCGCUGAUUUCUUAUGGGAUAAGCAGAUUAUACGUUCGACCCUCAAAGGGUGCUAGUGAAGAGUAGAAAUAAGAGGGCAAAGGGAUAAAAGGGAAAGAGAAAAGGAUAUUAAAUAAUGUAGAAAGAGGACGAACGAUAAUAGUUAAAAUUUCUAUGCACCCAAUUUACUUCAAAUUUCCCGUCGUUAAAAGCAAUAAAAUGAACAAUAGACUUUUAGCAACAGAUGCUAUUCGUCCUCUAGUCCUUGGCAAAGUGAAUUUUUUACCCAUUCCGGAACAGACUUAAAAGCAGUUCCCAAAAGUCCAAAUAUUUAAAAUUCCUAAAGCAUUCGUAAUAUGUAGUUAUUUUCUCGAUUUGGCCCUCCAUUCCCCGUUUCAAUCUGUUACCAUCCUCUUUUAAAGUUUCCAAUCACGGAUUACAAACUAUCCGCCCCCUAUUUUUAUCUCUUUCUCUCUCUCUCUCUCUGUCUCUCAGUCUCCCUGGCCAGCUGAUCACCUCUUAUUAUCUUUUUCUUUUUAUACAAGCUAUUACGUUUAAGAAAUGACAACAUUAAUCAAUUAAAAAUACAAUAAGUUUUCUUUCGCCUUGUAAGUUAAUUGUUUAUAUAAUUAAUGGAACUUUCUCAGAAAUAUUGUUUAUAUAGUUUAAUUUUAAUUAAAAAAAAGGAGUUUUUUCAAUAAUUCAAGAAAUAUAGAAACUUUACGAGUAGUUGAAUAAUUGAUAUUUAAAUACUUUAGAAUGAUUUUUUUUUAUAUUUUAAUCUCCCUCUACCCCUUUCUCUUAUGAACAUAUUCAACUGUAAAACACUACCAAUACGGAACAGUAAUAAAACCUAUUUCCCCGUGUUAUUAUUACAUUUCCUCCUCAGCAAACUUGGAUAAUAAUAAUAACAAUAUUAUUAAUAAAUCUUCAACGAAAGAUAUUUUUAAAUAAUUUUUUGAAAAUAUAAAAAGAUUAAAUAGAUUUUCGUCUAAAUCCAGGAUAUUACAGUCAUUAUCGACCGUCUAAAUUAUUGAUUUUUAUCGAAUUUUUUUCAAUUAGAGUCUCUAUAAAUAUGGUCAAUACUCGAUUAACGCCAUUUUAACAGGAAUAAACAUAGAGUGAUGUUUUAGGAACUGGAAAAUAGAAAUAAUUUUUUUUUCCUCUUAUUUUUUAACGGUUCAACAAUUUCCAUUCGCAUAUGUGCAUGGUUCUAACUCGUUUAACCAAUUUAUUAAUUUUAAAGGCAAGGUCAAGAAGAAAUUUAGCCUUGUUUUAUCGAUUUCGUGUUCCACUAUUGAUUUUUUUCCAACACAGAUUUUUUAUACAUCAUGUUAUAAAAGAGCUUAUAUAUUACUACUACUACUACUCCAUUUUCGUAUUCUUUACCUUCUCUUUACGUUCUCUCUAUCUCAUUCUCUUUUAUUUCGCUCCUUAUCCGGCGAUAUUCUUUCUUAAGAUUUUAACUUUUCAACUCUGUCUUUAGCACCUCUCAUCUUUUCUUUUUUAGCUAAACAAUAUAUUAUUCACAAAGUCUGUUCUUAGUUGAUAAAGGAACAUAAAUUCUGCUAAUUAGAUUAAGGAUUUUACCAGUCAAGACACAGUAUAACUUCCUAAAUGUCUUCAAUAUUGGAUUAAAUGCAGUCAUCUUGACAACCACAUUAUAUAGACUAUCCUAAAUAACUCUAAAGACAGUUGUGGGUGGAUGAUUAUUAGAUAUUAUAGCUAAAACUCCCGGGGUGAAAGAUGCAUUACUUAAAGAGCUCUGAAAAUGAAAUGUUUAACUUUUUUUUAGUCCCUCAUAUCUAAUAGGAGAAGGGGAGGGUAACAUACAAGACCGAUUGGAAAACUAAAGGCAGCGGUAAAGAGUGCUAAAGAAGGAUAUUAUAGCCCUCUAAGAAUAGGCCUAAUUUUGGCUACACUCUAAUAAUAAGAAAGAAGGGGAAGUGAAAAAAAAAAGAAAGUAUUUUACAAUAAUUCUAGAAGCGUAAAUGUUUUUUGAAAUAAAUUUCAAGCCUUCGGCGAGGAAGAAUACUUAAAGAAAAAGGCUGAAAGACACGUAUCUAAGCAUACUAAUUAUCAAAAAACCGCUAGGCCUAAAAUAAACAACUAAAUAACUAUCCUAAGUUAAUUAUCCUACAACUGGAAACGAAUAAAUUUCCUUUUCAAGAAAAAAAAGAGGGCAUUUUUUUUAAAUAGAAAAGUUAAGUAGAUUGUUAAUUAUUGUUUGUAGUUAAUGAGAAGAUAGGAAAAAUAUCUAUACAAAGUAAGCUUGUAUAUUUCUCUUUUACGCCCAAUAGAAUUAAUUUAUAGUAAGAAACCAAUUGCCAGCUGCGUAAUUUUAUUUUCUUUUUCUUUACUAUACAAAGUUUCUAGUAAAACAAUUUAAGAAAAUAAGUUGUAAUUAAAUUUUUGUUUAGUUAAGAUUCUAGAAUAACAUUGACGAAAAGAGAGGAGGAAGGGGGUGGUAUAGUAGGAGAAGGGCUGUGGGGGGAGGUUUAGACGAUUAUCUUUUCAUGGAAAACUAAUUGGAAUAAAUCGGUUCAAUGAGAUUUUAUUUUUAUUCUUUAUUAAUUAAAGAUUGUAGAUGAUAAGGAGUAAAAUUGAACUGUUUUCAAGUGAUACUUACUCUUUUGUAAUUGAUUAUUCUUGGGAAUAAGUCGAUACAAAAGCUAUAUAUUGGUUUUCGCUUUUAAUAAAAUUGAUUGUCAGAGGGGAAAAGUAAGCAUGUUAAAAGUAGAAAUCAACCAUAGAAAUUAGUGUAUCAUGUCAAAUUGAAGGCUAUGAAAUUGAUAUACCAAGAAUUUCACACUGUAUUAACGUAUGGUAGUUAAUCAAUAUCGGCUAUAUCGCCUUUGGAACGCAAUAUCCGCCUUUCUCCUUUCUUUCUCCUUCUAUCUCUCGCUCUUAUUUUCAUUUUUAUCCAAUUUUAAUUAUCUUUAUCGCUAUAUGUUUUAUAUCUUCUUAAGCGAUCUAAUUUUAUUUCUAUAUUUAAAAGUAACAUUUAUUAUUGAAAGAGAAAGAGCGAAGAAGAUGACAGAUAGAUAGACAGAAGAAGAAGGAGAAAAAAGGAAUAGAAUAAGUGAGAAAAAGAAAAUAAUUGAUCAUAGAUCUUUCUUUUGUUCUCUUCUCUGAUGUUUAUCAAAAAUUUAAUAAGAUCGCAUGGUCGAUAAUAAUUAAAUUGAUAUUGGUUAUUCUUUUUUCUGUUUCAGAAGUAUAUCCGUUAAUAAUUUCUCAUCAGGUCAAAAGAUACUAAACAGGGAACAAGAAAAAAAAUAAGGGAGCAAAAAGUAGCCUGAAUCGUUAAUCAAUUAUACAUAUAUGUAAUCUAACAAAUAUACUUUUUUUAUCUCAUAGUUUCAUUGAUCAUAAUCCAGUUGCUUGACCCGAAUAACAGAUAAUUCUUGUAUUCGUAUAAAGUAUACAAUAAUACAAUUAAUUAGGGAAAUAUUUAUAUGAAAAAACAAUGCAAGAAAUUAAACUAAGAGGAUUUUUAUUUAAUUCUAAUAAUUGUAAAUAUUUCGUAACGCCAACCGCCUCUGCUCUGAUAUAUAAUUCAAUCUCAUCCCCCUCAACCCCCUUUAUUCAAUUUUCUUCUACCAAGCCUUAUUAUUAAAUUAUCUUCAGCCGCAGCGGCCGCGACGCCCAGUCAGGCGCCCACAACAUCGAAAAGUAAAGAAAUGCCACGGAAGGCGAAGGCUAAACGGAAAUAGGGGAAGACUACUGCUCAUUUUGACCUCGAAUUGAUCAGAGAUUCGAUUUUUUCUUCUCGCGCUUCUGGUUCACUCUGCAGCUAUUAUCAUUACUGUUAUUAUAUUGGAAUAAUUUUUGGUUCUUUUUCUUCUUAAAAUUACUCUUUCUUCUGCAGAUUAUGCAUAGCACGAGUAUUUUAACAAGUCAAAUAAUAUCUUAUAUAUAUAUUUUAUAAAAAAGCGUUUCUGCAGUUUUUUAUGAUGAAAUAAAUAUAUAAAUCUAUAACAAAAACAUACAGCGACAUAAUAUUGCAUAUUACGAAUAGGCAUAUGUCAUAAUAAGCUAUUAUUUGCACACAUUUGCACAUUUAUUCAUGAAUAUACAAGUUUUGUACCCCCCUCUAUCCUUUCUUUUAUAAUUCUUCCUUUAUAUCCUUGUCCCUGCUCUCUCUCCCUCUCACUCUCUCUUUCUUUCUCUUUCUUUCUCUUUCUUUCUUUCUCUUUCUUUCUCUCUCUCUUUCUCUCUCUUCUUCUCUUUUUCUGUUUUUCCCUACUUGUUUCUAUAAUAUUGAAAAUUUGUUCAUCGAUUCCGAUUGUUUAUUCGUUCCAUGUUGCUUAUAUGUACAUAAUCGCUAGAAAGAAAAGUUUCAUAUUUCCUAUAAUUGUAUACAUUUCCCUAUAAAGUACUAAUGAAGGUAAAUAGUUUGUUUUCUCCAAUAGGUGGCAAUGUUAGUCAAAGAUCUCAUAGCUUUUUAUUCGACAUCUAGUAUCUUUAAUAGAAAAUACUAGUGUUAUUUGAUAUUUAUCCAUACAAGAAACGUAAUGACGUUACAUAUUUACUUAUUUCCUAACGGUAAUUAGAUAAAUUUCUAAGAGUAGAAUUCUUAAUUACUAAGGACAAUUUCAUUAAUUAGGACAUUAGGUUAAUGACAUAAUAAAACCAGCCUAGUUUGAAUAAGAAUGAACAAAUUACCAGAUAAAUUAGCAAAGGAAUAUAGCGUUUAAACUAAUUGAAUUAUGGAUGCCCUCAAAGUUAGAUAAUUACACAUUAAACUUGUAAGAAUCAUAUUAUAGAAGACAACACUUUUCUCCCUAGUUAUCUUUACAAUUAAUUAACAAUCGUCAUAUGUAACAAAUAUAUUCUCUAUUCUUUCUUUUCUAAAGGAGAGAUGGACAUAGGGAAAAGCGGAAAAGAGGAACUAGGACAGAGAACGAAGUAUGAAGGGUUAAUAGUAAAUCUUUGAAUAAAUAUUGUUUGCUAUAACAUUUGAUAUCCAUUAAUACAUUUCAUAAUUCAAUUUAUAUUUUCCUUAUACAGUAAUAAGUAUUACGUUUGCAGUAAUUUUCGAAUAAAUUUUACAAUAUAAUAGCAUUUUAACUCUACAGAUGUCACUGUUUCUAAAUUUUUCACUCCUUUUCUUUUGUAAUUUUGAUAAUAAAUUUAUUUUAUACAUUGCUAAUUAAUUAAUAAUUAAUUAAACGAUUACUAUUUGUUACAUAUCUUUUUUUUUUGCUUUAACAUUGUGAAUAAUUUUGAAAACGGUUGAAUACUCAAUACUAGAUACAAAGAAAAUCUGUUUCAAUGGUAUUAAUCACUUCAAUUCAUCUUUCAAUUAUUUAUUCUUUAUUUGAUUACGUUUGAUACCUAUAAAACGAGUACCUAAUUUUUAAAUGCUAUAUUUAAAAUUCAAUAACAUUCUAUUAAGAAAACUUUGCCAAAUAUUUACAAAUAUAUUAAAAGAAAAGGCAACUCCCUUAUACCUUUAAACUUUUAAUGGUUUAAUAUUUUGUUGCAAAUGACCUUUAACAUGUAGAUAUUCGAAACACUGUUAGUAGUUAUCAACCUUGGUUAAACUAGAAACAACAUUCUAGAGAAGUAUAUUCUAUAAGCAUGGAAAAAAGUUCUCACUUCAAUCAGAAGCCAACACGACAAUUAACCGAUUGUACCUAUGAACUUAAUUGAACUAAGACUAAAAAAAGGAUGUUGUUGCAUUU